AUUAUAUUAGUAAAAUGCACCAACUUUUGGCAAAAUCAUUUAAACCGCUACGAUAUUGUUAAUUAGCCGGUUGUGUUGUAGUUUCAAAAAAUCAGUCAGUAAAGCCAUCUCAUUAACAACAUGACUCCCGUGCCAUCUUGUAAUAUUAUAUUGGAACCUGAUUUGCCCUCCUGGUUACAGCAAAUUAAAAUGGAAAAUGCUAUUAGAAAGGAAACGGAUAAAGAAGUUUGUAAAAUAUUGAACAUAAAAAUAGUAAAUGCUUCUAAGGCCGGAGAAAAUUAUUCAUCACUAUUGUUGCGCAUAAAAACGGAUGUUGAAUUGGCAGAUGGAAAACACAAAACAUUGUCAUUCGUAUUAAAAGCCCAACAUCCCAAUCAAUUUAUGAUCCAAAUAACAAACAUGUUGCGACUUUUUCCCAAAGAAGAAGAAAUGUACUAUAGAAUUUUGCCAAGAUUUGAAAAACUUUACGAAGAUGUUGGCAAAAUCGUGCAAUUUGCACCAAAAGUUCAUCGAUUUGAUCAUGAUAUUGGUGUGGAGCAUAUACUAAUGGAAGAUUUACAAGUGAACCGUUAUAAAAAUGUUAAUCGGGUCGAGGGUCUUGACAUGAUUCACAGCCAAGCAGUACUAAGGAAAUUGGCCGAGUAUCAUGCAGCAUCUGCUUGUUAUGUAGAAAAAUACGGUCAGUUUAGUGAGGAUUUUACGCAGGGGGUUUUUAGUUCUAAGAACCGUGGUCUUCAGCAAGAGUUCAAUGCCUCCAGUGCGUUUUUGGCGCAAUUAAAAAAAUGGCCAAGUUGUCAGAAAUACUAUGAGAAAUUAUGUGAUACUGAUGUCUAUUUGGUCGAUCGUUUGCUGGAAGAUCAAAAAGUUAAUGCGCGCGAAUUUAAUGUUCUCAAUCAUGGCGAUUUAUGGUGCAAUAAUAUUAUGUUUCAGUACGAUGCAUUUGGUAAAAUUAAAAACACUUUGUUUGUAGAUUUUGCCAUAAGCAAAUAUGGUUCACCGGCUAAUGAUUUGUAUUAUUUUAUACUUUCAUCUUGUGCUGCUGAUAUAAAAUUGUCGGAAUUUGAUUAUAUGAUACGCUACUAUUACGAUCAUUUAAUUGAGAAUUUGAAAUUAUUACAAUACGCGCGUCCCCUGCCUAAAUUAGUAAAUAUCCAUAGUUCUCUUCUAAGGAAUGGUUUAGCAGCUUACAUGGUUGUGUCCAAAGUUCUUCCUGCUGUAAUUUUGCAAAAUACUGAUAAUGCUAAUUUGGAAAAUUAUAUGGAAGAUCAGUCCAAAAUGAAAAUGUCAAUGUUUUCUAAUCCAAAAUAUGUUCAAGCCAUGAUGGAAAUUUUACCCUGGCUAGAUAACCGCGGUUUAUUGGAUUGGAUUUAAUCGUGCAUGGAGAGGAAUUAUUAUUAAGAUAUGCAAUGUUUUAUUAAAAAACUUACUAAUCACUAACCAUUGUAUGUAUUCAUGAACGCUAUAUAAAGUUAUUAAUGUUUUAUAAUUAUUAUUUGUAUAAACAAUUAUUUUGCUUAUAACUA